ACAAGAAGGACCACCAUGCCACCUUCCUGUUCAAGUGAGCUCAGCACAACAAGUUACCUGUAGACGAAGUGGUCGCGAGCGUAAAAGUGCGCGCCCCGGCUCCAAAACGGUAACAGGAAGGAAGAAGACCAUGCGAGAUCAGAGAACCCUGGAUGAGAACAGGACAAGUUCAGAGUCUGUUAAUUGUAUCUGAGGAAGGGCCAGAACAAGAACUAUUACGGUGUUCAGCUAUAUUACAGUACAUAUUCCCCACUCCCCUGUAUAACUUGACAGUAUAACACCUCCCACCAUGCCAUUGAUUGUGCUGCCGACCUCCCAGCUGCUGUGGGUACGUGUGGCUGCACAGUUGUUCUCCUGCGUGGCCUUCAGUGUGGUGGCCCGUGAGGCCUCUCUCUCCCAUGGGUUAGCAGACUGGUGUGUGUUCUGUUGGGCCUUCAGCUUCUCCAUGACCCUGCUGGUACUGCUGGUGGAGCACUUUGGCCUCCAGGCCCGAGCCCCUGUCUCCUGGAAAAACUUUCCCAUCACCAUGGCCUGCUACGCCACCCUGCUCUGCUUCUCCGCCUCUGUCAUCUUCCCUGUCUACUUCCUCAAGGGCCAGCAGAACCACGGGGAGGCCCGGGACAGACGCAUCGCCUCCACCGUCUUCUCCUGCCUGGCCACCGUGGCCUACCUGUGGGAGGUGACCCUGACGCGGGCGCAGCCGGGCGAGGUGGUGGGCUACAUGGCCACGUCUCCAGGCCUGCUCAAGGUGUGCCAGACCUUCGUGGCCUGCAUCAUCUUCAUGCUGGUCAGCGACCCGGUGUCGUACGAUCAUCACGCAGCGCUCAAGUGGUGCAUGGCGGUCUACUGUGUCUGUUUCAUCCUCUCGGCAGCCGUGGUGGUGCUGUGUGUCGGGGAGUGUACCGGCUUUCUCCCGUUCCCCUUCGCACGCUUCCUGUCAGCCUAUGGCCUGCUGGCUGUUGUCAUGUACCUGACCGCCACCAUCAUCUGGCCCGUGUUCCAGUUUGACAAGAGUUACAGCCACAUCCAAACCCGGCAGCAGCCAACACUGUUGAUGGUUGCAGUUCUCACCGCUCUCAACUUCCUGCUCUACCUGGCAGAUCUGGCUUACUCUGCACGCCUGGUUUUUGUCAGUGUGUGAGGGAGGAGGGGGAGAGAUUGGAAGGGAAGGAGAGGGAGGUGGAACAAAAACUACUGUGUAUAAUUCUUUCAGUUGUGAAAGUAUUUCUGCGUUGCCUUUAUCUUCAACAAGCAUCUCUUCAAAGGGGGUGACACUCUAGACCCAAACUGUUAUAGACCUAUAUCCAUCCUGCCCUGCCUUUCUAAAGUCUUCGAAAACCAAGUUAAUAAACAGAUCACUGACCAUUUCGAAUCCCACCAUACCUUCUCCGCUGUGCAAUCUGGUUUCCGAGGCGGUCACAGGUGCGCCUCAGCCACGCUCACGGUACUAAGCGAUAUCAUAACCGCCAUUGAUAAAAGACAGUACUGUGCAGCCGUCUUCAUCGAUCUGGCCAAUGAUUUUGACUCUGUCAAUCACAAUCACCACAUUCUUAUCAGCAGACUCAACAUCCUUGGUUUCUCAAAUGACUGCCUCGCCUGGUUCACCAACUACUUCUCAGACCAAGUUCGGACAACUACCAAAAUUUGGACAACUACAAACUACAGUCUGGCUAGACUGUAAACUCUCCUUCCAGACUCAUAUUAAACAUCUCCAAUCCAAUAUUGAAUAUAGAAUCGGCUUCCUAUUCGCAAAAAAGCCUCGUUCACUCAUGCUGCCUCGACUUCGGCGAUGUCCUUUACAAAAUAGCUUCCAUCACUCUACUCAGACUGCAUCCAGUUUGCAUAGUGCCAUCCGUUUUGUCACCAAAGCCCUUUAUACCACCCACCACUGCGACCUGUG